CAGAGAACCAAAUGAUUGAAGAGAUAACAACAUUCCUUGGCAAGAACAGGCAGCGAGUCAAGUCAAGCAUCAAGCUUGUCCAAUCAAAUUUCUUCCUGCUCUGGGAACCAAUCGGAGCCAGGACAUCGGUGUCCAUGUUGGCGUGCAAAAGGGUGCGUUCACUCUACUUAAACCGUUGUCUUUUCCCAAAUAACGCAGAAGCAUUUUACCCGUAAAAGAAUAAACGCAGCUCUGCACCAGAAAUCUUCCAAAAUGAGCACCAAAUGUCCAAUCAAGCAGGAAGUGGUGGGCUUUGACAAGGAAAAACUAAAGAAGACUGAAACUGCCGAAAAGAACCCUCUUCCAACGACACAGGUAAUUGAUGAAGAGAAGAUAGCCAUUGAAGAGAAAUGUGCCAAAGAACCACUCAAUAAAGCGUUGGAAGGCUUUAAAAAGGAAGACCUCAGGAGGGCUGAAACGCAAGAAAAAAACCCUCUUCCAACUUCUGAUGUAAUUGAUGAAGAGAAGAUUGCCAUCGAAGAGAAAUGUGCUAAAGAGCCACUCAAUAAAGAGUUGGUGGGCUUUAGAAGGGACAACCUCAAGAAGGCGGAAAUGCUUGAAAAAAACCCUCUUCCAACUACGGAGGUAAUUGAUGAAGAGAGGAUUGCCAUCGAAGAGAAAACUGCCAAAGAGCCACUCAAUCAGGAGCUGGGGUCAUUUAACAAGCAAAAGCUCAAGAAGACAAACACAAAAGAAAGAAUCAGAUGUCCAACUGCAGAGGAAAUUGAAGCAGAGAAGAAAGCCAUGAAAGGGGGGAAGUAACUGAACCGUACCUGCCAUGAUCCCUCUUUCAGUCUGGUUACCUACUCUUCUUCUGAUAAAGAAUACUGCCAGUAUCAUGCCGUCUGCCUGUUUGAAGAGAAAUGUUUGGGCUGAUGCAUUGGAAAGGAUAUUUCUGUAUUCAUUGUAAAUGAAUGCAAUAGAUGUAUUUUUGUGGGGGUUUUUUUCAUGCUGUUUAGAUGCGUGGGCAUGGAAGGCAUGGAGAAAGAUAACCAUUUAAAGGAUUUUUUUUUUUUUUAAACAUGAAUUGUUGUAUUAAUCGAAAUCCAACAAACAGAUAUUGCACCAUAAGUAUGACUGCAAGUGUUGUCCUUGAGAAAUAACAAUCCAAAAUAUAACACUUUUUUUUUUUUAAAUAAAAAUGGAUAUAUCAAAAACA